AUGGCACCAGAUAUAGAGGGUUUGGUGAAGUCAUGCAGUCAUUGUGCACAAACCGCAGCGAGUCCCAUCAAGGUUCCUCUCGCCCCAUGGCCUGAUCCAGGAAAACCGUGGGUUCGUGUCCAUUUGGAUUUCGCUGAACCGCAGAAGGGUAACUCUUUUAUUGUGGUGGUGGAUGCUUUCUCCAAGUACGUGGAUGCUGCAUUCUUGAAGCCUAGUACGAGCUACGAGCUCGUGAAAUAUCUGCACGUAGUUUUCCGUCUCUUCGGAACGCCAGAGACCAUUGUUACGGACAACGGUCCGCAGUUUGUUUCUGCCGAGUUUGCUGAGCUUUGCAGCAGCUUCAACAUCAUUCAUCUUCGGUCCUCUCCGUAUCACCCUCAGAGCAACGGUCAAGCGGAAAAGAUGGUCGGGACUUUGAAACGCUCUCUUGAAUUUCCUGAUGAGGCAUCUCUCGAUAAAGCGGUGGCUGCGUAUAAUUACACGCCAAACCAAGUGCUCGAUGGGAAAACACCCGCCGAAAUCUUUUUCGGUCGGAGUCUUCGUUCUCCGUUCGCCGUGUUUCGAUCGCGUUCCGACGCAAUUCCACAAUGUGCGGAGAAAUUCAAGGCGGUUUUCGACAAGCAUUUCGGAGUUCGGUCCCGCUCUUUCGCCAGAGGGGAAGAAGUCGUGGUGGGCUUGAACAAGAAACGCAGAGUCCCGGCGGUCUUCAUGGAGCGAGUAGGAAAAGCGAUGGCUCAUGUGGAAGUCAAUGGGAAAGUCGUCAGGCGUCAUCUGAAUCAGUUAUGGAAACGUCGAGUCCUGCCGGCUCAAGCAGAAGAUGAAGAGGAAUUCUUGCCCGGAUCUCAGGAGGUCUUGCCAACCGCUGAUGUCUCAGAGGCUUUCGAUUCUGCCAGUUCGGGAAGUUCCGCUCAAUCUCAACCGUCUGAGACAAGUCCGGUCUCCCCGGCUACGCUUGCGGAGUCUCCAUCUGCUGAUCCAACUCCAGCAAGCCGAAUUCAACCCGGUCGCGCUGCUAAAAAGCCGACCGAUUACUCGGUUCUUGCCGGAUUGCGUAGGCUCUGGCCGCAAUCAAACUGA